ACAAGUCAAUAUCGGCGCCUUGACGCGGAUGAGCAGAAAAUUAAUUGGCAAUAAACAUAUCGUAUGCCUUCGAUAUUGAUCUGAGCAGAGCCCGGUCGCCUUGGAUUUCCGCAACAGUUGUAUCAAAUGAUCGCGUUUAGGGCGGAAGUCGUCGUGUGAAGCGUUGUUGUCGCUGGUUGUGGCUUACCGAAGAAAAUGGAGCACAUCCGAACGCCAAAGGUGGAGCAGGUGCGACUGUUGGAUCGCUUCAGCAACAAAUCCACCAAUGGUACUCUGUAUCUCACAGCCACGCACCUCAUUUUUGUGGAGAGCAACUCUAACAACUCUGCAGCACAAGAAGUCUGGAUCCUGCACCACCAUAUUGCCUCAGUGGAGAAGCUCUCUCUCACCACCACUGGCUGCCCGUUGGUCAUUCAGUGUCGCAACUUCCGGGUGGUUCAUUUUGUGGUCCAAAGGGAGAGAGACUGCCAUGAUAUCUACAGCUCACUGUUGCGUCUUCUGCGUCCAGUAGCCUACGAGGAGCUCUAUGCGUUCUCCUACAACCCCAAACAGAACGACCAGCAGAGAGAGGAAGGAUGGCAGCUCAUUGACCUGGGGGCAGAGUACGAGCGGAUGGGCGUCCCGUGUGACCAGUGGCAGCUCACUGAUGUCAACAGAAACUACAAGGUGUGUGAGACAUAUCCACGCGACUUGUAUGUUCCCAUCACAGCCAGUAAGCCCAUCAUCGUGGGGAGUUCCAAGUUCAGAAGUAAAGGACGCUUUCCCGUGCUCACAUACUUCUACCAGGAGAAGAAGGCAGCAGUGUGCCGGUGCAGCCAGCCUCUCUCUGGAUUCAGUGCACGAUGUUUAGAAGAUGAGAGUCUCCUGCAGGCCAUCAGCAAGGCCAAUCACAACAGCCGGUUUCUGUAUGUCAUGGAUACUCGGCCCAAGUUGAACGCGCUUGCUAACCGAGCAGCAGGCAAAGGCUAUGAAAACGAGGAUAACUAUUCCAACAUUCGCUUCCAGUUCGUAGGCAUCGAAAACAUUCAUGUGAUGAGGGCCAGCUUGCAGAAGUUGCUGGAAGUUAUUGGAACCAGAUCCCUCACCAUGAGUGACUAUCUGGUAGGACUGGAUAGCAGUGGCUGGCUGCGACAUAUCAAGGCUGUGCUGGAUGCAGCCAUCUCUCUUGCAAAAGCCGUGACAGUGGAAGGAGCCAGUGUGCUGGUUCAUUGCUCUGACGGAUGGGACAGAACUGCUCAGGUCUGCUCUCUGGGGGCUUUACUCAUGGACCCCUACUACAGAACCAUCAAAGGCUUCAUGGUUCUCAUUGAAAAAGACUGGAUCUCAUUUGGUCACAAGUUUGCAGACAGAUGUGACCAGUUGGGCGCAGACCCAAAAGAAGUGUCUCCAAUUUUCACUCAGUUCCUGGAGUGUGUGUGGCAGCUGACAGAGCAGUUCCCUCAGGCAUUUGAAUUCAGCGAGUGGUUCCUGCUGCAGAUCCACGAACAUAUCCAUUCCUGCCAGUAUGGAAACUUCCUGGGCAACAACCAGAGACAGAGAGAAGAGCUACGGAUAAGGGAACGGACUCACUCCCUGUGGGCGUAUCUAAUGAGCGAGACGCACAACUACAUCAAUCCCUUUUACAGUCCUGCUUUUUCCGAAUCACAUCCGGUGUUGGAGCCAUCGACCCUGCCCUACAAUUUCAAGUUCUGGAGGAACAUGUACCACCAGUUUGACAGGUCCAUGCACCCCCGGCAGUCCAUCCUGAAAACUAUCCUGACUCUGAGAGAGAACAGUCACAAGGCGGAGAGAACAGUGCAGGCUCUGGAGAGUAGACUUCAUGAGCUGGGUGUGAACCCCCUUGCCACCGAGGACUCCCCUGCCCCACCUCCCACUAGAGACCAGCUCUCAAGCACCUUCCCGCCCCGACCGGACUCCCUGAUUCUGGGCGCACCAAUCAACCAUAAAGAAGUGCUUCAGCAGGAUGAGGAUGAGGAGGAAGCUGGAGAGGUGGGCGACGAGGCCACAGAAAGCACCGACACGGAGCGGACAGUAGAGGGCAGCAGUGGCACGGAAAGCAGGAAGCAGAGCUAUGGCGAGCUGGAAGAGGCUUACAGCAGUGAUUUGGCCAAAGAAGAGCCAGCUGUGGUCAGUCUGGAGUUCGGAGUUGCACGCAUGACCUGCUGAAAAUAAACAGGGAUAUUAUGGGAUGCUUAGGGACUCAUGGAAGCUCUCUGUUUGUUCAAUGUGUGUAUAGUCUAUAUAUCUACGGAAGGUAUCGGAUCUUAUCAUUUUUUUAAUGAAUGUUCAAUUGAAAUAUGGAUAAUAACAAAGUAUGAGAAUAAAAUC